GUUAGCAUCGUUUGCCUAAAGCUUCAGUAUUCUCCCACAAAUUGUGACAAUGUUCAAAGUUCUGCUGUUGGUCGCACUCGUUCCAGCCGUGAUGCUGCAGAACGCUGACGACAUUGACUACGAACAAUGGGACGUUGUUCCAGCUCGGGCUUGCAACGGGGGCAGACCGUUUCCCAAUACUGUCCGUAUCGAGAACUGCCCAUCGAUGCCCUGCUCGUUACGUCGAGGAACCGAUGCCAACAUGGCAAUGGAAUUCAGUGCUGUGCGGGAUGCUUCCAACCUGCGCAUCAACGUACUGGCCACCGCUUUGGGAAUCACGGUUCCGUACGAACUGCCCGAAGAUCGUUCUGCUGCUUGCAAUUGGCUCGUUCAGUCUCGCUGUCCGAUCAGUGCCGGUGAAGAUCUGGUCUACCAUCUGAGUAUGCCGAUUACCUCGAUCUAUCCGUUGAUCAGUGUCACCAUUCAGAUUGAUGUCGUUGAUCAAAGUGGGCAAUCGCAAGGAUGCUUCAUUGUUGAUGCUCGAGUUGUUGCUAACUGAGGUGGGCGAAAGACUGACUAUGGAACUGUUGAGGACUGCACUUUUAGCUUAAUUAUUUAU